UACUCACGUCAGCUAGUUCGCGAUGGCACCUUGGAAGAAGCGGGCGUCGGGAAGCCGACAGUGGCUUAUCAGCCAGUUUGAUCCCGAGGCUGAGGAGCACGGACGCAGCGAGCAACCCGACCAAUGCUGCCUCCGGAUCGUCGUGUCGUUCAUGCUGGUCAUCACCGUGCUGCUGACCAGCGUGGCGCUGGCCACGCUCAUCGCCGCGUCCAUCGCGUCCGAUAGGAGCUGGCUGGAAGAAUCCCCGGAGGAGGACCUCGUGCAGAUCAUGGCCGAGCUCAAAUCUGUCUUCUACGAGAAUACCAUCCAGAUUCUAGCCUCCAACACUUCAGCCAUAGUCUCGCUGACAAGUCCCGUGGACACCCUGACAAGCCUCGCGUUUACCUUCGAUCAUGGGUCAUCCGAAACGCCCACGGACUGCUUGCAAGAAGUGGGCGACGUGCUGACGUGCCUGUCUUGGGGCGACAACGCGGCCCGGCUCACCACGGCCGAGCUGUCCGUCGCGUCCGGGACGCACUGCAUGAACGUCAGCCUGGUGGGCUUGGGAGCGACGGCCUGCUUGUCGCUCGACGGCCGCCACGUGUACGCAGGACCUGUGGUGGACGCGCAAAAGUGGCCUGCGGAGCGCAACAGACGGUUCGAGCGCACGCCCUACCUCAGCGGCUACGAUGGCCUCAAAGGCGUCGUCGAAAGGUACUGGCUCACCUCCGACGGCGCCGCUAUCUUCGUCCCGGCACACGUGCCGCUCUUCUGGACCUUCAAAGAUCAAAGAAUGUGUUUUACGAGCUCUUUUGAGCCACCGUACUACCGCUCCGACGACAAGGAAAAGUUGGACCUGGUAGUGUGCAACGCCAAAGACACGCCGACCGUUCACAAAGCAGUGGCCAACGCGUUGCUGGGCAGGCCUGAGGCGGUGCUCAACCAGAACAUGAUUCGCCUGCCGAUAUGGUCCACCUGGGCCAAGUACAAGGCGGAUAUUUCGCAGCUCUCCGUUGUCGACUACGCAACACAAAUUGUCGAGCACGGAUUUCCUGCCAGCCAAAUCGAGAUCGAUGACAAAUGGGAAUCAUGUUACGGAGAGUCAGAAUUCAACUUGGAAGCCUUUCCCGAACCGAAAGAAAUGGUACAGCAGCUGCACGACCUUGGCUUCCACGUGACCCUGUGGACGCACCCUUUCGUGAACAGAAUUUGCCCUGUCUUCGCGGACGCGGACGUUCAAAAUUACAUGGUGCAGGACGAAGGUGGCAACUCGUCCCAGGUGGCCUGGUGGAACGGCGAAGGGGGCCUCAUUGACUUCAGCAACCCUGAGGCCGCUGCUUGGUUCACAGGACGGCUCCUCAGGAUAAAGGAGGACUACAAAAUUGAUGGUUUCAAAUUCGAUUGUGGUGACAUGAGCUACGUACCUGCAAAUGGCUCGCUGUACUCAAGCCGCAGCCAGCCGGCAGCCUUCACGAGGGCUUAUGCGGAGGCAGCCGCACGCACGGAUAGUGUCGAAGGUCGUUUCUCUGAGAUGCGGACAGCGUUCGGCACUCAGUGGCUCGGCAUGGCUCUGCGGAUGUCGGACAAGGAGAGCGUCUGGGAUGAUGACGAGGGGCUGGCCACUUUGAUUCCGACCCUGCUCACGCAAAACCUGGCUGGCUACUCGUAUGUCAUAGCGGACAUGAUCGGUGGCGACGCUUACGACGAUGUCGGCCCUGACAAGGAACUCUUCAUCAGGUGGAUGCAGGUGGCCACUUUCAUGCCAAUCAUGCAGUUUUCCCUGCCGCCGUGGGACUUCGACCAAGAGACCGUGGAGAUUGCGAGGAAGCUGGUGGCGCUGCACGUGGAGCUGGCCGACGUCUUCUACGCGCUGGCGAGACAAAGGGCCGCGAGCGGAAUUCCAAUCAAUCUGCCCGUGUGGUGGAUUGAGCCGCACGACUCAAUAGCCCAAACCAUCGACUCAGAAUUUCUCCUUGGUGAGGAGCUUUUGGUAGCCCCUGUGUUGGAGCGGGGCGCGACGACCAGGGACGUGUACCUGCCAGCUGGUCGGUGGCGCGAGGGCUUCGAGAACUUGGAGGGCGCCGUCCACGAGGGUCCCAAGUGGCUGAGGAACCACUCUGCCCCGCUGCACCACCUGCCCUUUUUCCAGCGGCUGGCGGCUCGUUAGCCUCUCCUCGCGACAAGAUAAGCAACUUUUAAUUACACCCCAGAGCAAGCGACUCCACUUUUUUAACACGGUAAAAGUUUCGUCGACGCCGCAACACUUUUGAAUCAGUCUAUUGUGCUAGACAUACAUGUCAUCGAGAGGGGGAGCUGUCAUCUAUGUUAAGAAAUGUUGAAACUGGAUGUUAAAUUUUGUAUAUUAUGUUAUUUUAUUUGAUAGUUAAAUAAAUUUAUAUUUGCCAAAUAAAAACACCAGGAAUUAAA